AAUAAAUUAUAUGAUCAUGAUUCAUCAUUAAAACAAGAAAAAGGAAUUUUCACACUGUCUUUUAUUAGCGCAAAAAAAAUACUUUUUCAAAUUUCUAUCGAAAAACUUGUUUUCGCGUAAUAAAAGUCUUCUUUUAUUAGCAAAUACAGAGAAAAAUACCGCCUCGUCAGUGAAAAUUGAAUGCAAUGAGAUACUAAGUACUGUGACUAAACUGCAUUACGAAUUUACUGAAGUAACUUAAUUAAGUAAAAGAUUCUACUCGUAAAAUUCAUGUAAUCUAAUAAGAUAUUUUUAAUUCCACUCCUUUAUAAGUAAUGACUCUUAUCAUACGUAUUUCAAUCAGAAGAAAGAAGAUACAACAUUAGACUGUCAAUAAGAAAACAGAAAAGGAAUUAGUAUAGAAGAAGAUUCAUUCAGAGUUGUUAUUCCACAAGUGGGAGCUGGUGAAUGCGUUCCAGGGAGCAGACAUCUGAUCAAUAGUACGGUCGCAGCCAUCUUGGAUUCAGUGACGUCACGAUUCGUGGGUUCAGUUGCAAGAGAAGGUGUGUGUAGGAAGGAGCUGUUUUAUCCUAACUGCUUCACAAUUAUGGCUGUAGCACAAGACCAGCGAUGGCAAAAAGAUGCUGCUGACCAGAAUUUUGACUACAUGUUCAAAUUACUCAUCAUCGGCAACUCGUCAGUGGGAAAAACAUCGUUUCUAUUCCGGUACGCCGACGACUCCUUCACAUCCGCCUUCGUUUCUACUGUCGGGAUAGAUUUCAAAGUGAAGACGGUUUUUCGCAACGACAAGCGCGUCAAGCUACAAAUAUGGGACACCGCGGGGCAGGAGCGCUACCGCACCAUCACGACGGCGUACUACAGGGGAGCUAUGGGCUUCAUCCUUAUGUAUGACGUCAUAACAAAAUUUUCGUCGGACUGAGCCUCAAGUGAGGUAAUGUAAUUAUAUUUUUUUCAAUAUUGGUGUACGCAAAUCAAGACGUACUCGUGGGACAACGCGCAGGUUAUUCUCGUGGGCAACAAGUGCGAUAUGGAAGACGAACGCGUCAUCUCAUACGAGCGCGGCAAGCAGCUCGCUGAUCAACUUGGACUCGAAUUUUACGAAACUUCUGCUAAAGAAAAUAUCAAUGUCAAGAUUGUGUUCGAGCGACUCGUGGACAUCAUAUGCGACAAGAUGUCGGAGAGUCUGGACACAGACCCCAACCUACUGAACGCCAACAAGGGAACUCGCCUCACUGAGACACAGCAGCCACAGGGCGGCAGCUGCCAGUGCUAACGAAUACAGACGCCUUUUAAAGAAGCUUCUAUUUAACAUCAAUCUAUUUAAACAGCAUAAACUGUCAAAGUUUGACCGACGUUGAUAUGACUGUGCGUAUCUUCAAGUGUCUUCUGAUUACAAAUGCUGUUUUUUAGUGAAAUGCUGUAGCUGUUAGCAGUUUGUCUGUGGAUCAAUCACGCGUGUCAUUUAGAAAGGGAAACAAAUGGCAGAAUUUACACUGCCUUCACUGUAACUGACACGAAAAAAAUGGCAGGAUUUACACUGCCUUUAUUGUAACUGACACGACUGUUUUCUACCUACAGUAAAGAGGGACAUUAACUUCCAUCCAUAUCUUAUCCAACUCAAAUGGUUACUCAGGUCAUACAAAAUUGAAAAUCGAAGUAUCCAUUUCGUGUAACCUGAAUUCAAUAUAUUAAAGUUCAACAGGCUAAUGCUCGCAUGUUGUAGAACCUCCCGAUAGUGGAUAAUUUAAAUAUAUGGGGCUAAAUGCUCCAAUAUAAGAUUCCUAUUACUUGAUGUUGAUAGUGUGUUCAUAUGCUGUAAGUCAAAGACACGUUGUAGUGAUACGAAUCACUUAUAUGGCCAGAAAAAUUCACUAACUUAUUACUUGCAUGAAUAAAAUAUUCUCUAAACUUUAUCUCGUGUUCACUAUAAAUCCACCUCGGGAAGAAAAGUUGCUCGUAUUAGUUAUCCACUCUAAAAAUUUGUUAAACUUUUCACUUAAACAGGGUUUAACAUCAUAAAUUAAACCGGGUUUACAUCAUAAAUUAAUUUUACCUUCGAAAGUUAAAAACUCGGAAUUAAUCCUCGUCUUUAGUGAUUAAACUGACUUAAUAACUAGGUCCAAUGAAGCUGUCCUGACUGUCUUAAAUAUUUAUACUUACUCUGCCGCAUAUUCCGCUCUUCAGCUAUAUCAAUUUGUUCAUUUAAUGUUACAUUUUUAGUUCCUAUGUUCAUUUUUAGCUAUGGCCCGAACCAUGAUCCGGGCACAUUCAUUGGUGAAAUAUUUUUGACACAGAAUAGAUUUUUUUGGCAUUUGAGAAUAGUCUGGACGUAUAUAUCUUUGCCCAAAAGCAAAAUAAAAAUAGCCCAGAAAACAAUUAAUUGUGUUAUCGUAAAAUUAACAAUUUCUGAAUAAAACAUGAAAUUGGGGAAUGUAAUCAGAAAUAUUUCGAUAUAAAUGAAAUAAUUCUCUAAAAAUUGUGAUUACCAGAAAUGACUGCACUAGCCAUUCGAAUAACCCAAACUAACCGAAAAUAAUGCGUUAGUUUAUUUUAGAGACUGAUUACGACAUUGAAGCAUAGAUUUAUUUCUUCUGAAUUGCAACUUAGAAUUUGUUAAAAACUCAUGCUUUAAUGUUUAUUUUACUAAGAAAAUUUAUCAGAUGCUCGCUUCUGGCAGAUUCCUCUGAAAUUUAUCUUCUUACAUAUCAUAUAUUUUAUGUGCAGUGCAUUAGAAUAUUCGAUCGAAGCCUGGUGAAAAUAUUCGUUGUCGAAUAAAUAAGUCGAAAGUAAGUAGUCAUACAUACAUAUUUAAUAUAUGUUAUUGGGUUUGCUGAAUGAAUGAAGUGGGAGUCGUAAGUUCUAUUUUCCACCUCCAAUGAAUGCAAGAUUGGAAGGCGUAUUAUUUGUUCUCUAUAAUUUCGGGUAAAUAAAUCAGAAAAAUGUAUUCUAAAUUUCUCACAAAACUUUCAAUAAUAAAAUUACACUUUUUAGACGAAAAAUUAUUGCUGUGCCAAAUUAUCCAGCCUGAAAAUUCACUCUCUUCUCACUUAAUCAAAGUUACUAAAUUUGUUGAUACAUUACUUGUGCCUCGCAUUCUAGGUGUGUCGUGAAAUUUUUUGGAUCAAUGUCGUGCGGAUCAAUUAUUUUUCCUAAAUUAACCAUUUUGCUCGUGUCGUUCAAGGUUUACGUUUCCGAAAGAUGAUUUCUUAAAAUAUACAAUUGAAUUAUGAUUUUUUCAACGGCAAGAGACCUAUAUGAAUGAGAUGCCCGCCUACCAUUUAAUAGGUUAGUGACUAAAACAUGUAAUGAGGUAUGUACAUUUAUGUAAUUAAACAGUUUUGACACAUUGCACUAUGUGAGAAUGAACGUAUAGGAGCUUCUAUUGAUUGCGUAGGAAAUAUAUUUUUGAGGCUUGCCGUACAGGCUCCUAGUAAUGUUUCCUUGCAGAUCCAACAUGCAUUGAAAGUAUAACCGCAGUACUAUAAUAGUUUUCAAUGAAUAACACCUAAUGCAUUUCACAAUUAAAUUAUUUCAGUCACUGUGCGUCCCAUCACGUUUUACUACUCAAAAACACAAUUUAACUUUUGAUUGUUUAUUUUUUUUUUAUUUUUUACUCAGUUCUACUUGGAUCACAGUUGCCACGUCAGUUGCGGUGCCAAGUGAUCAAUCAAUGAAUUUGAAUUCAGUAAAGCAUCCUCUUGCCUGCUAGUGAAAUAAAGCUCACAUUCAAUCUUUUCAUUUAGGAGUUGGUUAUCUGGAGUUGUUUAUCUUAAAACUAUUAAAAAAUAUAUCAGCUAAUACGCACGCCCAUAAUUUUUUCCAAACUUGCAAAUCUUAAGUAUGUGAAUGUAUAAAAGUAAAAACUUGAUUCUUUAACAAAAGAACAUUCAACUUAGCGAAAAAGGGUUUGGUUUUCUCUCUUUUUAAUCAAAAACGAAUGUAAUUGUCGCAUGAUAAAAGUAUUAGAGAAGAUAUGAUGCAAUCUUCCAUAAACUUUUCAAAUCUUAUGCUUCUCUUCUCUCAGAAUUUCAAUAUUACUUGAAUACUACGUACGUUCUAUAAGACGCCUUACGGUGAAUACGAAGCUAAUUGAUAAUAAAAAUAAUAUCAUGGAUGCUACGUUCAUCGUAGCCAUCUAAUUACAUGGGUGAUAGAUUUUUUAUCCUGUAUCGAAUGUGACGAAUGCAACCAUUCUAAUGUAUUUAAAUAGUAUUUUCUUUUCUGCAGUAGAAUAUUUAAAAG